AUGUCUUCCAAUUCCUCCUCGUCUUCCAUGCAAAACCAGUCUGUGCAACAACCAUUACGGAACUAUGAAGGUAAGCAUCUUUUCUCGUUUUUACACUAAAUUCUACCUAAACUUGGAAGAAUUUACAUGAAGUUUCAACAAAAUUGAACAGCACGCGGAUAGCGUCUUUUCAAAACGGCAUAUCUCAGCUGUUGGUGGAGAUAUGAAAAAGUUGUCAACUAGUAAAAUACUCAGCAAGAAAUUGUCAACACUUUAUCAGUUGCCCACUUUUUGAUGUAUCCACGGGCAGCGGAGAUAAAUCACUUUGAGUGACUGUUCAACUGAACCUCCUCUUUUUUCAGAACCCGCCAACCAGAUCCACGUGGAACUCGUAAACAGAGCUAUCUGGCAGAAAUGUCAUGAGCACACGAAUGAGAUGAUUGUGGUCCCGCAUGGCCGGGAACUGUUCCCGAAACUCAAGUACAAAGUUCGGGGGCUCAAUCCGUCGGCCCUCUACAAAUGCACCAUUCACUUCGGCCGACAGUCCUCAAGAGAACUACAUAAUUACAAGGGAAAAUGGACGGAAACCCAUAAAACUCUCAGAGAUGUUCCCGUGAAGACGAACAGCGUGGUAAUCAAGGAGGGAACCGGGUCCCAGUUGAUGGAAGGGCUCGAGGGUGCGGAACGCCUCAAAAUGUACAAGAAUGGAGACCAUCGCCCGAAUCAAGUGAGUUUCGAAAGGGAUAUUGUAGUUGUUCAUGUUCUCUCUUUUCAGAUUCUCGUGAGCACCAAGUGCCAAUACAUUCCAGUGUUUCAAAUCUUCGAAAUAUGCGGAAAUGGAGUCGAGAAACUGUGCCAUGAGGCGUGUUUUUCGGAGACUUUGUUCGUGGUCACCUCUGUUUAUAAGGUUUUGCUUUCAUUUCUUUUCUUUUCUUUUCAAUUCAACCUUUUUCAGAACAAGGCCAUCAAGGAGAUCAAGGUGGAGAACAACAAGUAUGCGCGGAGAAAAAACCCCGCCAAAUCGACCUCUUCCAGCCGUUCGAGUUCGUCCACGUCGUCACCGACUUCCAACUUUGCAAAUCCUGACUUCACGCCCACCUAUCAACCCGUUUUCAAUUGGACUCCUAUCAACAUUUGGGAUCUGCCGGUGCCUACUCUCAACGAUUUCCAAGGGACCAAUUGGAUGGGCGGACAGUGGGAGGCCGGCUAUUAUCAGUAAGUUACCGUUCUUUUUUCUGUCUUUCAUUCAAACGUAAUAAAUAUUUAAAAACUACAUCCUUCAUUCAUAAAGGACAAAAAGAGAUCACGGUCUCCAGAGCUGACAAUGGGCACAAGUGCGCCCCGCCGAAUAGAGCGAUACAUUGGCGCGAAAUUCAAAUUUUAACAGCAAAAUUUGUGUUUUUUGCCAGAUUAGCCACGAAAAACCGAUAAUUUCUCAUUUGUCUCUCUUGAUAGACCGAUUGUAUAGGCUAUUACGAAUUUUUUAAGUGCAAGAGCGUUAAGUUUGGUCAAGGCGCAAAUUACAUUUAUCCGUUUGAAGGUUUUUGGCUAAAACUGCGUGAAUUUCAGUUGCUUUUCGGUAAUUUUCGCGGUUGGAGCGCUCAAAAUGCUUGUAUUUACGUGAUUUAUCAUUCUCAAAACCAAUUCUGUCUGAAAACGGUCAAGAAAGCGCAAAAUGAGAAGUGCGGUUUUUAGGCGGCGAUCUGCGGCGAAGGCGAAAAAGCAAGGUCCGCGAAAAAUGCGCCAAAACGUCUUUAAUUUUGAGAAUUAGUGUGUUUUCAUGUCGAACAAUCAUUUUUCAUCGCCUUUGACCACAAAAAUCAGAGAAAACCUGGAGAUUUAAAAAAAUGGUGGAGUAUUUAAAAAAUGGUGGAGAUUUAAAAAAAUGGUGGAGAGCUAAAAAAAAUGGUGGAGAUUUUAAAAAUGGUGGAGAUUUAAAAAAAUGGUGGAGAGCUAAAAAAAAUGGUGGAGAUUUUAAAAAUGGUGGAGAGCUAAAAAAAAUGGUGGAGAUUUAAAAAAAUGGUGGAGAUUUAAAAAAAUGGUGGAGAUUUUUAAAAAAAUGGUGGAGAUUUAAAAAAAUGGUGGAGAGCUAAAAAUGGUGGAGAUUUUUAAAAAAAUGGUGGAGAUUUAAAAAAAAUGGUGGAGAGCUAAAAAAAUGGUGGAGAUUUUUAAAAAAAUGGUGGAGAGCUAAAAAAAAUGGUGGAGAUUUUUAAAAAAAUGGUGGAGAUUUAAAAAAAAUGGUGGAGAGCUAAAAAAAUGGUGGAGAUUUUAAAAAAAUGGUGGAGAGCUAAAAAUGGUGGAGAUUUAAAAAAAUGGUGGAGAUUUAAAAAAAAUGGUGGAGAGCUAAAAAAAUGGUGGAGAUUUAAAAAAAUGGUGGAGAGCUAAAAAAAUGGUGGAGAUUUUUAAAAAAAUGGUGGAGAGCUAAAAAAAUGGUGGAGAUUUUUAAAAAAAUGGUGGAGAGCUAAAAAAUGGUGGAGAUUUUUAAAAAAAUGGUGGAGAGCUAAAAAUGGUGGAGAUUUAAAAAAAUGGUGGAGAGCUAAAAAAAUGGUGGAGAUUUUUAAAAAAAUGGUGGAGAGCUAAAAAAAUGGUGGAGAUUUUAAAAAAUGGUGGAGAGCUAAAAAAAAUGGUGGAGAUUUUAAAAAAUGGUGGAGAGCUAAAAAAAUGGUGGAGAUUUUUAAAAAAAUGGUGGAAGCUAAAAAAAAUGGUGGAGAUUUUUAAAAAAAUGGUGGAGAGCUAAAAAAAUGGUGGAGAUCUUAAAAAAAAUGGUGGAGAGCUAAAAAAAUGGUGGAGAUUUUAAAAAAAUGGUGGUGAGCUAAAAAAAUGGUGGAGAUUUUUAAAAAAAUGGUGGAGAGCUAAAAAAAAUGGUGGAGAUUUUAAAAAUGGUGGAGAGCUAAAAAAAAUGGUGGAGAUUUUAAAAAAUGGUGGAGAGCUAAAAAAAAUGGUGGAGAUUUUAAAAAAUGGUGGAGAGCUAAAAAAAAUGGUGGAGAUUUUAAAAAAUGGUGGUGAGCUAAAAAAAAUGGUUCUGGUUAAAAAGUUAUGGCUCUUUUUUUUGACUGUAGACCCAUAACUUUUUAACCAGAAGAGAUUUCAAAAAAUUGUCAACUGCAAAGUUGAAGACAUAUUUCUGCUCCACAAGAAUGCAGUUGAAGGUUUUUUAAUAUCUCUUCUGGUUAAAAAGUUAUGAUCAAAAAACAAAUUAGGACCACUCAUUGCAUGCGAUAAUAGUGAAAAAUUUCCAGAGAUCUCAAUCUAGGUCAUCACUAA